AGAAACUUUGACGCAAUUUGCAAAUGGCCGUGAAAAGGAUUGAGCUCGAGGGUGUAUGAAAUACUAAAUGGUGGUAGAGUCCGUGUUAAAAACUUGUGAAUAUUAAUUCUUGGUUUAGUGUAGUGUCGUUAGAAAAAUACAAAAUGUGCCAAAAAGAGAGGAUCCAGUCUUAAUAGUGGUUGAGACAUCGCCAGCGUACGACUGGAGGAAUCGUCGAAGUCGUUUGCUGAUUGUCGGGUCGGUGCAGUGUGCGUAAGGGCGCGCGCGGAAGAGCGGUAACCCAGCGAGUACACGAGCUACUGCGGCACCAUGAACGAGCUCGACACCCUCAGGCAGGAGGCGGAAUCGCUCAAGAAUGCUAUCCGGGAUGCACGUAAAGCCGCGUGCGACACGUCGCUGGCGCAGGCGACGGCCAACCUCGAGCCGAUCGGCCGCAUCCAGAUGCGCACGCGCCGUACGCUGCGCGGACACCUCGCUAAGAUCUACGCUAUGCACUGGGGCAGCGAUUCCAGGAACCUGGUGUCGGCCAGCCAGGACGGCAAGCUGAUAGUGUGGGACAGCCACACCACGAACAAGGUGCACGCGAUCCCGCUGCGCUCGUCGUGGGUGAUGACGUGCGCGUACGCACCGUCCGGCUCAUACGUCGCGUGCGGCGGGCUCGACAACAUCUGCUCUAUAUACAGCCUGAAGACCCGCGAGGGCAACGUGCGCGUGUCCCGCGAGCUGCCCGGCCACUCCGGCUACCUGUCCUGCUGCCGGUUCCUCGACGACAACCAGAUACUCACCAGCUCCGGCGACAUGACUUGCGCGCUGUGGGACAUCGAGACGGGCCAGCAGUGCGGCCAGUUCACGGGGCACACGGGCGACGUGAUGUCGCUGUCGCUCGCCCCCGACCAGCGCACGUUCGUGUCGGGCGCGUGUGACGCUAGCGCCAAGCUGUGGGACAUACGCGACUGCCAGUGCAAGCAGACCUUCCCCGGACACGAGAGCGACAUCAACGCUGUUACGUUCUUCCCAUCGGGGUUCGCGUUCGCGACGGGGUCGGACGACGCGACGUGCCGCAUGUUCGACAUCCGCGCCGAUCAGGAGCUCGCGAUGUACUCGCACGACAACAUCAUCUGCGGCAUCACGUCGGUCGCGUUCAGCAAGUCCGGUCGCCUGCUGCUCGCCGGAUACGACGACUUCAACUGCAACGUGUGGGACUCGAUGAAGAGCGAGCGCGCCGGCAUCCUCGCCGGCCACGACAACCGCGUGUCCUGCCUGGGCGUCACCGAGAACGGCAUGGCCGUCGCCACCGGCUCCUGGGACUCGUUCCUGCGCAUCUGGAACUAAGCACCUCCCUCCCGCCCCCCCACGCCCCGCCCCCAGCCUCCCAGCCCCGCCCCCUCUCCGCACCGCCUCCGUGCGUGUCUAUGGUCGAAUUGUCAAUGUCAAAAAGAGAGUCUAAAAGGCUAUCCCGCGCGGGACAACUUACCAUAUAUCCUUGCAUUGUUUUCGGCAGUAAAGGGGUCGCUAAAAGUGCUCCUUUUCGCAGCUGCCGACUGACUUUAUUCAAAUAUUGGUCAGUAGACACCCAGUCCUUUCAUUAUCCAUGUGGUCUUACAAAGCACCCAUUAAAUGAAACAAUUCGAAACGUAGACACGCAGGAGGCUUUUAAUUUUAUAUGAAACUAAACGCACCGUCAACGCACUUGGAGUGUCUACAAGUCCGACACAUCCUAAUGUAUAGAGGAUACGUAUGCCUGGCGCGAGUUAACGAUUGUCGUUUAUAUCGAAAUUGUCUAUUAUAAUCUGAAAGUUAAUCGUAAAUGGCUAAGCUCCGCUCGCUGGGCAUACACCGAUCUCCGUAUCGGGGUUUAUUUAUUGUAUACAUAAACUUGAAGCAUUUAAAUUGUGACUAAGGAGGUGUGUACACUGAAAUGGUGUGUGUAUGUCUGUGUUUAUAAUAUAUUUACAUUUAAAGGAAUUCGAGUCUACGGACGCGAGCUGUCUGUUUUUUUCUAAUACUUGAUAUAAACUCAUCGCACAACUGGAAUCACGUACAUGUCGAUUGUAGCGGAAAAUUAAAGAACCAAAUAUUAUUAUUAAUUAUAUCGAUGUGUAACUUAUUGAGUGGUGAAACAUGUUCGCUAUUUUAUUGUAAUUGUAAUCUUUUGAUUAUUUAUAUCUCUGUAAUUAUCGUUUAAGAUAGAUGAUUUUUGAACAAUACAGAUGUUGAAGAGA